AUGCAGUGCGACCAGACUCGUCCUCAAUGCCAGCGAUGCACUGAACGAGGCCUGAAAUGUCCGGGAUAUGCCCGCGUGUUCAAGUUUCAAAACGAGGGGCCUGCCCUGCAGCAAAAGUAUAACCGGGGGUCGUCAUCCUCUCGUAAAGCAACAGCAGCAGCAGCGCAAUCAUCGACGUCUCCCGAGUCAGAGACCGUCGUCGCUGGGGUUUCAUCUGAGAAACCGGACGAUGAACGCACCAUCCAGGGAUUGCGUCGGCAACAGGGGUAUUAUAUGAAAGAAGGGCGCCGUACCAAUUUUCAGUACAAACCUAUCCCUCUAACAAUCGAUGAAAGCGUGUCUCCAUCUCUCGCAGUCCGGACUCUCUCGGCGCAGCAGGUCCAGGUCUUUGUCAACUAUCUCAUGACGGCGUGGCCGUGUCUGUUCAAGUGUACAGAAUCGCGUGUUCCUAUUACUUGGGUCGAGUUUGUUGCUCGACGAGGCUCGGGAUCGGCUUUCAACCCUUUGGACCUCGGCCUACGUGCUACUACCUGUCUAUAUAUGGCCGAGCAAUACGGCGACGAUCGUCUCCGGAAUGCAGGACGAUAUCUGUACGGCAAGUCGCUGCGAAUCCUUGCCGCCAGACUGAGCGAUGUCGAGACCGGUCAAGCAGACGACGUUCUCGCGGGCGCAAUCACGCUGAGCGUGUACGAGAUGCACUGUGGAGAAACCGCGGACUCAUGGCUAUCCCAUCAUGCGGGCAUAGUCGAGAUUAUGCGAUUACGAGGAGCAAAGGCGCAUAUCGACGGCUUUGCGCGAGCGAUUUAUAUUGCCUACCGCACAUUCACCAUCACCGCCGCCCUGCUCACGGGCGAUGCUUGUUUCCUGGAGCAAGACGAAUGGCAAGAAAUGAACGAGGCCAUCGCCGCCGACAACGCCAAACAACCCGACUCAUCCCUCUUCAUCGAAAUCGCCGAACGCGCCUUUCGCGAAAUGGUCAAAGUUCCCGGCUUCGUCAAGCGCGUCAAGGAUGUAUGGAACAUGGCCCGCCCGAAACGGAAACUCAUCCAGCCGCAACUUCGUCAAGAGCUCAUCACGAUGCGCGCCUCGCUGCGUGCACUCCAUACCGAGUUUGGAAUCACCGUGGCUACGCACGGCAGCCCAGACAACAGGGACGCAACGUUUGCCAACGACCGACGCAGCGAGUUUAUCGGCCCUGUUCCGUAUGCGUUUUUUGACGGGUUUUCGUCACUUGCCAUUCGCGGUAUUCGGCAGGGUAUUAUCCUCGUCGACGAGCUUUUGAUUCUGCUGAGUCCGGAACCGGAAAACCAGCAAUUGCUUCGCGAAGAAGUCAACAUGUUUACUCGAGAGGAAGAUGAAACUACUAGUUUUCCCUCGGGCGACCUGUCGUCACCACUAGUAGUAACACAAUCCGAGUCAAGCUCAUCAAUAACCUCACCACCAAAAUCAUACACCUCAUCAUCAACAUCGUCAUCCCCCCGCUCGAUCCUCGACGACACGGAAAACCGCACAUUUCCAAUUCAACUCGAAAGCCUCAUGACUCCGCAAUACAGACAGGGUCCAAAUACUACAUGGACCGACACCAUAGGCACCAGCUACGGCAUGCUUGGCGUGAGGAUACGGAUAAUUGAAGAUGUUUCUGAAGAUGUUAUUUACGAGGUUGAUGACGAAGAUGAACAGCCGCAGAGCUGUGAAUACACGUUACCCAUAGGCCAUGGUGUCUCGCCGGGCAGCUGA